UUGACAUGGGUCAUCCAUCAUGACCUGCACUAAGAUCUAGACAGCGAGCCUCUACUCAUGUACUUUAUAUAUAUCAUAAUGAUGGGACCAUCGUCUUCCUUCUGAUCAUUGUCCCCAAUCACACAUAUCAAAUUCCCUCCCAACACCGCAAACAAUGCUGUAUCCUCUGCUGCGAGACCGUCUUGCCUCCCCAACCCUCGUCUGGGGCCUCGUCACAACCCUCGCCUGGCAGGGACGACACAUCCAGCUCAUCGUCUCCUACGCCGCCAUCGCCCUCAUCACAUUCUGGUAUGUCAACUCGAUCAUCCACCACGUCGCCACCGAGGCCCGGAUCGAUGCCCAGGGCCUGCGUGCGCCCGUGUUGCGAUCUCCGACGCCGUUCAAUCUCGGCAACCUGAUCAGGACCCUAUGGUAUUUCUCCAAGCACCGCAACCACGAGCUGUGGUGGGAGUUCUUCAACAACCAUGGCAACAAGACCCGCCCGUGGACCGUUGAGACCGUCAUGGCCGGCCAGCGACUCAUCCUCACCGCGGACGAAGAUAACGUCAAGGCCAUCCUCGCGACCCAAUUCGCCGAUUAUGGCAAGGGACCGCAAUUCCGGAAGGAAUGGAAGGACUUUUUGGGUCUGAGCAUUUUCACCACCGAUGGAGACAUGUGGCACAACUCGCGCACGCUUCUCCGGCCCCAAUUCAUCAAAGACCGUGUUUCCGACCUCCAAACUUUCGAACACCACGUUCAGAAAUUGCUCCCGCUUCUCGGCGGCGACCACGAUGGCGCGACCGUGCGAUUCGACGAUCUCCUCUACCGAUACACCCUCGAUGCCAUCACCGACUUUUUGCUCGGCCACAGCGUGGACAGCCUGACUCAUGGCCAAACCGCAUUCGCCUCCGCCUUCUCGACCGUGCAGAACAUCCAAGGGAGCAUCGCCCGAGCGGGACCCAUGGCGGUCCUGGUGCCCAAGAAGAAGUUCCACGAGGCCCUGGCCGUGCUCAACGAAUUCGUCGGUACCUACAUCGACCGCGCCCUCGCGCUCUCCGAGAAGGAGCUCGAGGAGAAAGGCAAGUCGGACGAAGGCUACACCUUCCUCCACGCCCUGGCCGGCUACACCCGAGACCGCCAGGUCCUGCGCGACCAGCUGGUUGCGGUGCUCCUCGCCGGAAGAGACACGACCGCCAUCACCAUGUCCUGGCUGUUCUACGAGCUUUCCACACACCCGCAUGUGGUGGAGAAACUCCGCGCCGAGAUCAUCAAACACGUCGGUCUGGAGCGUGAGCCGACGUAUGACGACCUCAAAUCGAUGAGAUAUCUCCAGCACACGCUCAACGAGAUCAUGCGUCUGUACCCGGCGGUCCCUUACAAUGUGCGCGUUGCCCUCAAGGACACCACCCUGCCGCGCGGAGGUGGUCCUGACGGAAGCGAGAAAGUUGGCAUCACAGAGGGAACUCCCAUCGGAUACAGCACACUCAUCAUGCAAAGAAGACCCGACAUCUACCCCAGCACAGCCUCCGGGUUCCCGGACCCGACCCAAUUCGAACCCGAGCGAUUCGAAAACUGGUCCCCCAAGAUCUGGACAUACGUGCCCUUCAACGGCGGACCACGAUUGUGCCUGGGUCAACAAUUCGCGCUCACGGAGAUGGGCUACACCAUCGUCCGCAUCCUCCAGACGUACUCCCGGGUCGAGCCCAAGAACGCCGACCACCCCGGCUUCCAGAGCGACAUCGUCCUCGCGCCGGCGCAGGGCGUGCACGUCGCCUUCCGGAAAUAGACCAUGUAGUAUUGUUCUUUCCAUCUAAAAUUUCGAAGAAAUUGAUUUCAAAAGAAACUUCCCCUUGAGGCCUCGCCUUCUUUCUUUCUCGGCCUUUUCUCCGCGGGACAUGCGGAAUUCACUCUCCCCACGAUUUAUCAUACACGUAUAUUUGCUCCCGUGACUCGACUCGAUGGUGUACGUGAAUCAAAAAAGGGUUCCUAUUCUCUCUCUCUCUUUCCCUCGAGGAUGUGAACGGCCAUGCAAAAGCACAAAGUAAAAGCAAAAAGCAAAAAGCAAUAAGCGAGUCCAUCCGUCACUCACUCGGCUCAUCAUCAUCAUCAGUCAGCCCUCU